AUGGCUAACCAACAAGCAGGAUCUAUACUUCAAUUCGCGCCGUUUCAGAGCGCUGUCGACGAGGGUUUCUGGCACAGAUUGUCUUCUUUAAAGCUCAACAAGCUUGGCAUCGACGACUCGCCCAUUCCCAUCACCGGUUUCUAUGCACCUUGCUCACAUUCCCAAGUUUCCAAUCAUUUAACUCUUUUGAUGGAAUCUCUACCAUCGGACUCCGAUGAGGAGUCAUCAGUGACGGCAACAAGUCAUGGGAAUCGUAAUAGAUGCUCUGUCCCAGGAACCCUUUACAACACAAAUACUCUGGAAAGUUUCCGUGCCAUUGAUAGAGAAAGCUUGCUAAAGGAAGAAGCAAAAAAGAUUUGGGAGGACAUUCACUCAGGUAAAGCUAUAGAUGACAGUGCGGUAUUGUCGAGGUUCGUGCUUAUCUCAUUUGCAGACUUGAAGAAGUGGAACUUUCACUAUUCGGUUGCAUUCCCUGCUCUCGUGCUUAAUCCUCCAGCAACCCUGGUUGAUUUGAGGCCAGCUUCACAAUGGUUUAGCUCACAAGAGGCAGAAGCAGUGAGAGCAGCUUGUAAUGAAUGGCGUAACUCAAGCGCAACAGCUGAUGAGCCAUUUUUUCUUGUCAGCAUUGACUCAAAUUCAAAUUCUACUAUUAGGCAUCUAAAGGAUUGGGAAGCCUUCCAGAAUGAUUGUCAAAAGUUGCUAUUUGGUUUCUAUGACCCGUGUCAUCUACAAAAUAAUCCUGGCUGGCCUCUUCGCAACUUCCUUGCUCUUAUUUUUUCGAGAUGGAAUCUGAAGUCAGUUCACUUUUUUUGCUAUAGAGAGAAUCGUGGUUUUGCAGAUCUGGGUCUAUCCCUUGUUGGCGAAGCUCUGAUUACAGUUCCACAAGGUUGGAGGGAUCAUCAAUGUGUACCUAAUGCCGUGGGAUGGGAACUUAACAAACAGAGGAAAGUGUAUAGGUGUAUUAGCCUUGCUAAGUCCAUGGAUCCUACUAGAUUGGCUAUCUCUGCGGCAGAUUUAAAUCUAAAGUUAAUGAGAUGGCGCCAGCUGCCAUCUCUGAAUCUAAACAUCUUAUCUUCUAUUAAGUGUCUUCUCCUUGGAGCAGGUACACUUGGAUGCCAAGUUGCCCGUAUGCUUAUGGCUUGGGGUGUCCGAAAAAUUACACUACUUGACAAUGGUAAGGUGGCAAUGUCUAAUCCAUUGAGGCAGUCCCUGUAUACAAUGGAGGACUGCCUGAAUGGUGGUGAAUUUAAAGCAACUGCAGCAGUGAAAAGUCUCCAGCGGAUAUUUCCAGCCGUGGAAGCAGAAGGUGUUGUGAUGGCUAUACCUAUGCCUGGACAUCCAGAAGCUAGCCGAGAAGAGGGUAGUGUGCUUGAUGACUGUAGACGCUUCCAUGAUUUGAUUCUUUCUCAUGAUGUGAUUUUCUUAUUGACUGAUACAAGGGAAAGUCGAUGGCUACCUACGCUUCUUUGUGCCAACAAUAACAAGAUCACGAUAACUGCAGCUCUUGGGUUUGAUAGCUUCUUAGUCAUGCGCCAUGGUCCUGGUCCUUUCAGACCUAACCAUGAUGUGAAAGCUGUACCUGUAAAUGCUUUAUCUGCAGAUAUGGGUAACCUUGGCUUAAAUAAUACAGAUGGGAGGCAGAGAUUGGGCUGUUACUUUUGCAAUGACGUGGUUGCUCCAACUGAUUCAACUGCUAACCGCACUCUGGACCAGCAAUGUACAGUUACACGUCCAGGGCUUGCUCCUAUUGCUUCUGCUCUAGCUGUUGAACUGUUAGUCAGUGUCCUCCAUCAUCCUUAUGGGAUUUAUGCUGAAGCUGAUUUUGCAAACUCUAGCAGCAGUGGAAGCAGUGAACAACCUCUUGGGAUUUUACCGCACCAAAUUCGAGGUUCCCUUUCUCAAUUUUCUCAGAUGACACUAGUCGGUUACUCCUCAAAUAGUUGCACAGCUUGUUGCAGCACUGUGGUAUCUGAAUAUCAGAAAAAAGGUACGGAAUUCCUACUCCAAGCCAUUAACCAUCCUACCUAUCUGGAGGAUCUGACUGGACUAACAGAGUUGAAGAGAUCAGCUAAUUCUUUCAAUCUAGAUUGGGACAAUGAAACAGAUGGUGAUGAUGAUGCUGAUGAUGAUUUUGUUGAAAUCUGACAAAGUUCCUCCCUGAAUUGCUUCUUUUUCAGUACCUUAUCAAUUGUACAAAACUAAUUCAAAUAAAUGUCUAAAUUAUUGUA